AUAGACGACCCACAGGACCAGGCCUUCUCAUGCUCCAUAAUCCCCCCCCCCCCCCUAUCGACAACUAAACGGACCGACUUCGGCACCCUAGGAUGCAUGGACUACGGCUACCCCUCCACUGGCGGGUUUCUCAUCAAAGAGGCAGACCUUCUCGUCAUGUUUUUCCUGUCGCUCCCGCGCUCUUACAUAUCACAGCGCUCACCUAGUGCCGACGAAGAAGAUAGGUUCUGUAAUCUUUUGCGACGGACUGGUGCGACGUUCUGGCCGAGUAAGUGGGAUUGGUUCAACGUGCAGGUGGGCUUAAGGGGGGUCACGGAGGAAGAAGAGAAGGUGAUAGUUUACGGUUGGCUGACGGAUGGAAUAGGUGGAUCUAUGGAGGAGAGGAUACAGAUCAUGAGAGAGUAUGGCGCUACGUUUAUUGAUGUCACGCAGGUGGAGGAACUCAACCCGAUUUGA